AGUUUUUGCUUGUAACCGAGAAAACCCGGAUCCUGGUCGCGCGCACCGUCAGCCACGUCACCGAUCAGCGGCGCGAGCCCACAGUCCAGUGUAGAUCAGCAGAGAGUUGCAGGACAUUUUCACGGAAUCUGUUUGGACAAACAUCUGAUCUGAGAUCAGCUUCACAACUCUUUAAUUCCAGCGCUGAUUACUGAACAGUAACAUGAAUAUCUUCCGACUGUCUGGAGAUGUUUGUCAUCUGGUCGCCAUCAUUAUUCUGUUCCUGAAGAUCUGGAGAUCCAAAUCAUGCGCAGGUAUUUCUGGCAAGUCUCAGGUGCUGUUCGCACUGGUCUUCACCACCAGAUAUCUGGACUUGUUCACAUCCUUCAUCUCUGUCUACAACACCAUCAUGAAGGUGGUCUAUCUGGUCCUGGCGUACGCCACCGUCAGCUUCAUCUACUUCCGCUUCAGGAACUCGUACGACUCUGAGGGCGACUCGUUCCGCGUGGAGUUCCUGCUGGUGCCGGUGGCCGGUCUGUCGUUCCUGGAGAACUACGCCUUCACGCCGCUGGAGAUACUGUGGACGUUCUCCAUCUAUCUGGAGUCGGUGGCCAUCUUGCCGCAGCUCUUCAUGAUCACGAAGACAGGCGAGGCCGAGUCCAUCACCACACACUACCUGUUCUUCCUGGGCCUGUACCGCACGCUGUACCUCGCUAACUGGGUGUGGCGCUAUCACGUGGAGGGAUUCUUCGACCAGAUCGCCGUGGUGUCUGGCGUCGUCCAGACCAUCUUCUACUGCGAUUUCUUCUAUCUGUACUUCACCAGAGUGCUGAGAGGAAGUGGAAAGAUGAGUUUGCCGAUGCCAGUGUGAGUCGUUGGAUCAGACCCCGCCCUCCGUUAGGCCACACCCAGUUGUGACAUCAUCAGCGGCCGCCCCUGUAGUUCUUGUGUUUGAGCUGCAUUGUGCGGCUGGCGUAAAUGUGCCUUACAGUGAUCAGAUCUGCUGGACAUAUCUCGUCUUUGAUGCCUUAAUGUAUUUUUGUUCAUAAAGACAAUGUUUUGAGGACGCCUGUGUUUGUUUAUAUGUAUAAAUGUGUGUGUGUAAGUUUGAGAAACGCUCCACAUUCUGUAUUUCAUAGUUUGCUUUUCUCAUUUAUACUCAGUCUUUUUUUUUUUUAUCCUGCAGUAUAGUACAUGAUUUUUUUUUUUUGUAGGGUGAUCACAGACCAAUCAUUGUAUCACAUCAAAUUACUGUUAUUGGUCAAACUCCAUUUCAAUCAUUACCUUCAGCAAGUAUGAAAACAGGAAGACCUGGAUAUUUUAGGCAACAUAUAAACCCUGGCCAGGAAAAAUGGCACAUAUGAUCACCUGAGUUUACGACCAAUGAACUGUUUUUCAUUCUGUAAAGGGACGUUUGUUUGGGAUCUUUAAAUGUUUUUGUGCCAAUGAAGAACCGUGAAGAACAUGUUAAACCACAUUUCAGUCUGAGAACGACAUUUACCAGAUGUCUGGCAAUAGCAGAAUGAUUUUUUUAAUGAAGAUGGGCAGUUUAUCUGUCCUGGUUUUUAUAAAGCAUGCCAAUAAAGAGUUUCUGUCUCUGCA